CCCUUACAGCUGCAAGCGGGUUGGAAGUUGGAAAUCGCAUCACUGCUGAUCACUGCGUCUAACCUCCUAGUCCAUUAUGGAGAAGUCGCAGAAGAUGCCAAAGGUAGCGAAGGUGAAGAACAAGGCGCCCGCGGAGAUACAGAUCACCGCGGAGCAGCUUCUACGCGAGGCGAAGGAGCGCGACCUGGAAAUUCUGCCGCCCCCGCCGAAACAGAAGAUCUCGGACCCACACGAGCUCGCGGACUACCAGCAUCGUAAGCGCAAGGCAUUUGAAGACAUCAUCCGCAAGAACCGCAUGAUCAUCACUAACUGGAUGAAGUACGCGCAAUGGGAAGAAAGCCAGAAGCAGAUACAGCGAGCAAGAUCCAUUUACGAGCGAGCGCUCGAGGUGGAUCAUCGAAACAUAGCACUGUGGCUUAAGUACACUGAGAUGGAGAUGCGCAAUCGGCAGGUGAAUCAUGCCAGGAAUCUCUGGGACAGAGCAGUCACCUUGCUGCCGCGUGCCAAUCAAUUCUGGUACAAAUACACCUAUAUGGAGGAGACGCUAGAGAACAUUGCUGGUGCACGUCAGGUGUUUGAACGAUGGAUGGAGUGGGAACCAGACGAGCAGGCUUGGCAAACUUACAUCAAGUUUGAACUGCGUUACAAAGAAAUCGACCGGGCGCGGCAGAUCUACGAGCGCUUCGUCAUGGUUCACCCUGAUGUGAAACAUUGGAUAAAGUACGCCCGCUUUGAGGAGUCAUAUGGAUUCAUCAAAGGCGCGCGUGCUGUUUACGAACGCGCUGUUAAUUUUUAUGGUGACGAGGGUCUGGACGAGAAGCUGUUCCUGGCAUUCGCGAAAUUCGAAGAGGGUCAACGGGAACACGACCGGGCCCGCAUAAUCUAUAAAUACGCGUUGGAGCACAUACCGAAGAGCAACACUCAGGAGAUCUACAAAGCAUACACGAUACACGAGAAGAAAUACGGCGAUCGCUCGGGCAUCGAGGAUGUGAUAGUCAGCAAACGGAAGCAUCAAUAUGAGCAGGAAAUCAAGGAGAAUCCCUCGAAUUACGACGCGUGGUUCGACUACCUAAGAUUAGUGGAGUCAGAGGGCAAUGUCGACGUGAUCCGCGAGACAUACGAGCGAGCGAUCGCCAAUGUGCCGCCUACCAAGGAGAAGCAAUUUUGGCGAAGGUACAUAUACUUAUGGAUCAAGUACGCUAUCUUCGAGGAACUGGAGGCCAAAGAUAUCGAACGGUGUCGGCAGGUGUACAAAGUGUGCUUGGAGCUCAUACCGCACAAACGUUUCACUUUCUCGAAGAUCUGGCUGCUUUAUGCGUACUUUGAAAUACGACAGAAGGAUUUGACAAAGGCGAGAAAGACGCUGGGCCUAGCGCUGGGAAUAUGCCCAACAGAUAAGCUUUAUCGGGGUUAUAUCGACCUCGAGAUACAGUUGGUGGAGUUUGACCGGUGUCGCAAACUGUAUGAAAAAUUCCUCGAAUUCGGAUCGGAAAACUGUACCACGUGGAUGCGAUUUGCUGAGCUGGAGACACGAUUGGGCGAAUUUGCUCGCGCCCGGUCGAUAUACGAGUUCGCUGUCGCGCGGCCGAGAUUAGACAUGCCGGAGUUACUAUGGAAAUCAUACAUCGAUUUUGAGAUUGCUCAAGAUGAGACGGAGAAUGCACGGCAGUUAUUCGAACGACUACUGGAGCGCACGUUACACGUUAAAGUUUGGAUAGCAUAUGCAAAGUUCGAACUGUUAAAUCCACAACUUGAGGAUAGCCCCGAUAAUGUCAUCUUGGCGAGACGUAUCUUUGAGCGCGGAAACGAUGCCCUAAGAGCCAAUGGUGACACUGAGAGCCGGGUAUUAUUGUUGGAAGCUUGGAAAGACUUCGAAAGCGAGAAAGGCACCCCUGAAACCCUCGCGAAGAUCAUAGAGAAGAUGCCGCGUAGGGUGAAGAAGAAGAGACGUGUCGUGGGCGAAGAUGGAAGCGACGACGGCUGGGAGGAAGUCUUCGAUUUCGUAUUUCCAGAGGACGAGUCGCAGAGGCCAAAUCUCAAGUUCUUGGCUUCCGCGAAAGCGUGGAAAAAGCAGAGCGAACAAUCUCAGUCUUGAAAUCGUUAAACCUGACUAUGAUAAAAGAGAGCGAAACGCAACAUAUACUUUGAAAAUAUUUGUGUGAGAUUAAGAAAAUUCUUUAAAACUUUACAACCGUAAG